CCCUGCGUGACAUCAUGCUAUAGAAUGUCUGGCUCUUCGCUAGCAGGGGUAGAAGUAUAAAGAGGGAUGGACCUUCACAUUUCCAGGAUAUGUUUUCUUCUUCUAUCCAUCAUCAACCUCUUUCAGAACUACUACUUCAAGUCUAAAAAGGCUACCUAACAACCUACACAUAUAAAGACAACUCUUGGUUCCCAAAACCAAACCAAACACAAUGGCAGCAACACACGACAAUUCCAAGCCCUUCUUCCCUCUGGCCGGCGUAGCGAUGGAUGGUUGGUCCACCGAAGACAAAGCAACAGCGACUUGUUUCUGCGGUGCUGUUCAACUUGCAUUCCCGAUUCAAGGACCAGGACUGGUCAACACUUUUGUCUGCAACUGUUACGACUGCCGUAAAGUCACUGCGUCCAUGUUCGCGUCCAACUUUACCGUCCAGGACAAACACAUCGAACACGUCCGCGGGAAAGAGAACCUCAAAUCCUGGGGUCAGGACAAGACCCCCAGCUCGGGCAAGAAGAUGACAAACUAUUUCUGUUCAACCUGCGGUGGACUCAUGUAUCGCAAAGGAGACGCCUACCCGGACGUCAGUUUCCUGAGGAUUGGCUCGGUGGACGAUUUCAGUCUGCACGAGACAAAGUUGAGGCCUCAGUUGGAAUACUUUGUCAAGGACCGUGCUAGCUGGGUUCAUGGAGUCGACGGGGCCAAGAAGUUUGAUUCAAUGUCAUGAAAGCAGAAGAGAGCAAGAGAAGGCCAUCGUCGCCGUCUCAUGCCUGGCUCAUCAACGUCAAGAUUAUAG